AACCAUGCAAAUGGAAGAUUUAAUAUGAGAUUAACCCAACUACCAAUUAAUUUGCUUCGAGUAGCUAGAAACCCAUUCCCAAAGCACAGGAUGCUCACUAUGCCCCUCUUUUCCCUAUAUUAAUGUAUUGAGCCGUUUAAAGCAUUUUCAUUUUUAUAUAUAGAAUAAUAAUCCAAAACCAGUAUGCUUGUUUUCAGUUCAUUUAUUAUUCAUCAUUAUUUGAUUUGUUUCUUGGAACACCGUUGAGAUAUUCAUACAUUUUAUGUACAACACAAAAUGAAAAAUAUUUGCAUUGUAUAUUUUCCUGCUGAUAAUACUGAUACAAACCUUGUAUUUCCUUUUCAUACUUCACGAAACUAGGUCCUUUUAUUCGAACAAUGAACUUGAGCCAGCUUGUCGGAUCUCUCCAUCCAUUCACGUAUAGAAACGUGGUUAAUUUUAGACGCUCAUUAUAGCACAAUGUUUUUGAUGCGAUUAUCUUUUUAAUAAACUGGGGCCACAAAUAAACAGGUCCACAAAUAUCUUGAACUAAGAAAAGCGGAUCCUCACAAUAAUAAUUUUCGCGAUAAAUUUUACACAUUGUAGUUAAUAAAUCUUUAUACAUUUUAUCCAAAAUGAGCGAGCGAGCGAGCGCAUCCGAGUCAAUCGAACAGGGAAAUGCGUCGUUUUGUUAUUUAUAGCAAACAUUGACUAUAAUCUUGAACCAUAGUACAUACAGUCAUAUAAAGUGAACUAUCUUGACAUCAAAUGUCAUACAUAUUAUUUCCAGUGAAAACUUGAUGUAUAGGUUAUGAUACUAUUAGUGCAGUAUGAAUGGGGUGCAAUAGAAGCAUGCUGCCUGGUUCAAUUGUCAUUUUAUAACGUUCAGUGGAGAAGCGUGGUACUUUUCUCGUGAGAAUUUUUCAGUGCUGAUAAUGAAGUCAAGUGAUUCUGAAGAUUUUUAUGGGUUUUCUGAUGUCGAAACAUCUGGAUCGAAAACAUUAAUCACCCAAACCCAAUUUAAAUUAAAUCGACCAAUCAUUUUUUUCCGGAGAUGCCCAGAUACCAUCAACCAGCAAGGACACAUCUACACUCAAACGUCGCUUAGUAUCACAAUUAUCGGAUUCUGGUGACAAUUUGCCAUCGGAAAGCGAGUCGGGAAACUAUGAUAAUUUCUCAAGUUCAUCCGAAGAGUCAACACCCAGUCGUAAAAAGAUGCAUAAACCAAGGCAUGUAUUCAAGCGCAACGUUGUACAAACGUAUGAAUCCGAAUUAGACUCCGAUGAAAUGAUAUCAUUGACGACUAAACAUCGAUCACCUGACGAAAUCGAUAGCGCAAAGAACAAAACCAGUCACAAUGAGAAGAGUCACGCUGAGUCUGAUGAGGUUAUGGCAUCAACGACCAAACAUCUAUCAUCUGAUGAAAUCCCAAAUUCGCCAGGACAGCCAUCAUGCAGCCAACGUCGAUUCAAGAGACGUAAGAUUGUUCGUCGUGAAGCUCAAAACAGUUCUCAGACUGCAAAGAACAAAGGCAUUCACAAUGCAAAGAGCCACGCUACGUCUAAUGAGGUUAUGUCAUCAGGGACUAAUGAUAUAAAACUGAUCCGAACUGUGAAAGGAAAACUUAAAUUAUGCCACAACGGGUUUUCAUAUCAUCUCAACAAAACAACAGAAGAGGCCAAAUAUUGGGAUUGCGAGUUCCGUAGAACUCCAGGAUUAGCUGGACCAUGUGGAAGUCGAGCCAUCACACGGAAAAGUGACAAGAGGAUUGAAAUUAUGGUUAAAAAGGAGCAUAAUCACGAGCCAUCGUCAUUGAGGAUUGCUUCCUCUGAUUAUAGAUCAAAGAUCACACAAAGAGCUAUGGAAACAACAGACAAACCAGGGAAAAUCAUACGCCAAGUGUCGGUGGCGGUUUCACCAGAGGUAGGUAAACACUUUAUUUGGACUUUUUUCGAUAAGUUUUUAGGUAGCUCCACAGCUAGCAACCACAGCUCCCCCUGCGUGAAUAUCCCUCAUUUCCACCCCCUUAACUGUGCGCGUGGAAUAUUGAUAACUUUUUUUGCAUUUUCAAACAGUAUAUUCAACUAUUAUACUCAGUAUGUAAAAUUUUGAUCCAAUAACAUUUGCGGUUAAUAACUUCGUGGAUAACCGUAAAUGUGAGAUGUUUUCCGUUUUAUCAUAUUGUUUAUUAAUUUCAAACAAAAAAACGCAGGUUAAACUCAUCUAUCGAUAAUUUACUUUUUCACUUCAGUCACAUAUUCCACGCAAAGUAAUACCACCAUCGGACAGAUGACGAAGUCUCCAACUAUUGGUAAUGUUGAUUUGAAUGAUUUAGUUGUUUGCGAUAUGAUUAUUUUAUGUUCACCAGUUGGAUGUAUAAGAACAGAAAUUCUUCCUUUUUUUAGACAUGAGCAGUUCUUUGGAGUUUUGAGGUUUUCAUACUUUUAAACACUGGAAUGUAAUUGUAGAAGGAGAAAAAGUAAUUUAAUAAACAGUAAUUGGAAUUUUUUCCUUCUUUUGAUCAUGAGCUAUUCUUUCAAACUUAAUUGGACCAGAACAUGAUUAAAAAUAAUAAUAAGUAAUUUUAGAAAAUAAAUGGAUAUUUUUUCUUCUUUUCAUGAACUAUGGUUCAAUUUAAUACGAAAGAACAGCUCAUGAAGAAAUUAAGGGAAAAGAAAUCUUUAUUGGAUAUUUCUCCUUCUUUUGAAUAUGAGCAGUUCUUUCAGAAGGAAAAUGGGAAUAUUCUCAUCUUAGAAUAUUCGAUUAUGAAGGAAUAUUAUUAUAUUUUCAAUCCAUUUGUUGAAGUGUCACUAAAGAGGGAAACUUCAAUGCAGAAGAUGUGAAUCUCAUACACCCAGAUCGCUGCGUGAAGGAUUAUAAUCCCUUUGGAAAAAAAUCUGCUUGUUUUUUCUGCUAAUAAUACCAGUUACACCGAUUCUAUAACAUUCCCCAGAAUGUACCAUUCCCCAGAAAAGAUGAUGAAAUUAGUAAUUUAUCACUUUUUUUUUUGUCAUUUUAUAUUGUUAUAAAUUCAAAGAAGGGAAUAUUUCCUUCUUUAUCGUAUAUCCAAAGAAUUAAUUAUUUCCUUUUGUUAUAUUUUCAAAGAAGGGAAUAUUCCCUUCUUUAUCAUAUAUUUAACGAAUUAAUGAUGUUCUCUUUUAUACAUAUGCAAAGAAGGAAAUAUUCCCUUCUUUAUCGUAUAUCCAAAGAAUUAAUUAUUUCCUUUUCUUAUAUUUUCAAACAAGGGAAAACCCUUUGAUCCAUUAAGGUCUCCUAAAACCCCUUGACCCAUUAAGAAGUUUUUCUCUUCUUUUUAUAUAUGCGAAGGAAGAU